AAGGAGUUAAGCGGGCCAGCGGGUGACGUCACAUCAUUUACAUACGAGCGUGCAUAAAGCAGCGCGCGGCGCGCCCCGCCCGGCAUUCGGCGGCGGCUCCUGAGCAGACCGGUCUUCUCUCGCUCGCGCUCCUCGCUCCGCUUCCUCUGCAACCAUGUCUGACAAACCCGAUAUGGCUGAGAUUGAGAAAUUCGAUAAGUCGAAAUUGAAGAAGACAGAAACACAAGAGAAAAAUCCACUGCCUUCAAAAGAAACGAUUGAACAGGAGAAGCAAGCGGGCGAAUCGUAAUGAGGCGGGCGCCGCCGAUAUGCACUGUACAUUCCACAAGCAUUGCCUUCUUAUUUUACUUCUUUUAGCUGUUUAACUUUGUGUAAGAUGCAAAGAGGUUGGAUCAAGUUUAAAUGACUGUGCUGCCCCUUUUCACAUCAAAGAAUGGAGAACUACUGACCGCGAAGGCACCUGCCGCUCCCAUCUGCCUGGCUGGCUGGCAGGGAAGGAAAAGAACUUGCAUGUUGGUGAAGGAAGAAGCUGGGUGGGAGGACAGGGAAGAGUAGAGGAAAAAUCCGGCCGGUCCAAGAUGUCCUGCAGGCUGUAAAACGCAGUUUGAUCAGAGUGCCAUUUUUUUGUUCAAAUGAUUUUAAUUAUUGGAAUGCACAAUUUUUUUAAUAUGCAAUAAAAAGUUUUAAAACCUG